UUCAGUUUGUCCGCCCCUUAAACCGCCGACAUAUGGAGCCUUUGUCUGCCACGAGGAUAAUCUAGUGCAGAGGUGCGCUCUCUUCUGUAAGGAAGGCAAAUUCCACAAGAGACGGAACAUAUUCGAAUGUGACAUGACCAAUCCUUCAUCAACAUGGACAGGCGCGGGAGUCGACGAUAUCAUAUGUCGAAGCAGGGGGAGACAUAAGUAUCGGUUCACUUUCAACGUGUCCUGUGAUCCCGAUAACAUGGAUUUUCACCGAGAGGUGAAGCGAACAUUAUCAGGAACAAGAAACCGGCAUCAACUGUGCCCCGGCUUGUCCGGCGACGAUUGUGAAAUCACAGUCUUCUGUGGGAACUGCUCCAAUAAAGGGGAUAGAGAGAGCGAUGCAUGUAGUCAAGAUCAAGAAACCGUGUCUUCUCACAACAACUGCACAGAGAUUGACGUUAUAGUUGGAGACACCUGUGGGGCAGUGACUACAACCCUUGUGCCGACAACAAAGAUGGCCACGCAGUCUACUGUUGAGCAGAGCACCCGUCUCUAUACAGCUUUGAAAACCACAAUAUCUUUACCUAAAAUCACUGCCAUUACUACCUCUGAAACUCCCUUCACUUUUAGAAACGUAGAGGCUACCCCUUCCCUUCAAUCUGCUACCACAUUUCAACUCAUGACGACAACAUUGCCUACAACUGUUCAGAACGUGUUAAGUUCAAGUACAACUGAGGGACCUGCUACUAAUGAUGUUUAUACACCAUCAGCCAUCAGCAUUACUAAAACUACAGCAAUAACACCACCUACCAAACGACCGCAUUCCGCUCAAACCGUCACAAGUACUGGUACACAACACAUAUCUUUCCCUCCGCCCUCCACACCGUUCACCGCAUCAGCUUCUUCCCCUGAAUGUUUCACAACCACAGAUAUACUAGAUAUACACCCAAAAUCCUCGACCUUGUCCAAACUUUCAGUCACCAACACCUCGCCCAAACCUAUACCCACUAUGACGGCUGGAACUAGAUUCAUUUCUCCAUCUACAGCUACCACCACAACUGUAACCCGUACUCAAAGCACCAAAAUCAAAGAUGUACCACUUUUCCUAACCGCAUCUUUUCCUACAAAACAAAGAGUCACUACUAUGCCAACACCAACCACUUCAGACAUCUCUUUCUAUCAAACCAUAACUGCUGAUUUUGAAACAGGCUCAAUCUCAGCUAAACCUUCGAUCAUUACAACGAAGACUAAACUUCCACCUGGUGUCAUGACGACAUCUGAAUCUCCAACGAGUUCUUCAACUCCAACAUCCACACAAUUGCAUACCACCUCAUCUUCUGCUAUGCAUAAUUACCAUGGCACGUCCCAGUCACCCUCUUCAACCACAACCAACCCUGGCGUGAGCAGGUCACAGGACGACUCAACGUUCCCUGUAGUUCCUGUUAUAUCGGCUGUUGCCGUAGUAACUGUUGCUGUGGUGGCUAUCGCUGUCGUCAUCUGGUAA